AUGUUAACGGCGAGCGUGGCGCUGGUGCUUUUUGUGGUGUCUCUGCUGUUUAUGCAGUUCCUGAAACUGCAGUGGAUGCGAAGACGAUUUCCUCCUGGACCAACUCCGUACCCUUUCUUUGGAAAUCUGCUGCAGAUGAACUUCCAGGUUCACCAUGAGGUCCUUAGAAAAAUGGCCAAAAUUCACGGUAACAUCUUCACUUUAUGGCUCACAAACGUGCCUGUAGUCUUCCUGCAAGGGUUUCAGGCGGUGAAGGAAGGUCUGACUGCCCACGCUGAAGACGUCACUGGAAGGCCAAUACGCAGCAGCUUCCAGAUUUUGACUCAUGGAAAUGGUGUUUUGUUCUCCAAUGGUCAUGUCUGGAAGCAACAGAGGCAUUUUGGACUUGCAACAAUGAGGAAAAUAGGAGUAGGGAAGAAAGACCAGGAGUAUCGCCUACAGGAGGAAGCCUGUCACCUGGUGGAGUACUUGCAGAAAAUGAAUGGAAAACCUCUGGACCCCACGAUCUCUAUUGUCCACACUGUCUCCAAUGUGAUUUGCGCUGUGAUUUUUGGACACUGCUUCUCUAGAGACGAUGAAAAUUUUCACCGCUUGAUUGAAUGCAUCGAUACCAUAAUGGAAUUUGGGAACAGCGUCUCUUUUUUUGUAUAUGAAAUGUGUCCCUGGCUUGCAGGCCGUUUCCUAGCAUCAUUUAAGCAGUAUGUAUCCAGCAUAAAUUUUGUGAGAGGUCUAUUAGUGAAAGAACUUGAAAGCCACAGACUAAAAGGAAAACCAGAGGAAAAUCAAGAUUUUAUUGAUUACUAUUUGGAUGAGAUAGAUAAAACUAAAGGAGAUCCUGAUGCCACUUAUGAUGAAGAAAACUUGAUCCAGACCAUUUUUGACCUCUUUCUGGCGGGUACAGAAACAACAGGCACCACUUUACGUUGGGCAUUGCUCUAUAUGGUGGUUUAUCCUGAUAUUCAAGAGAAAGUCCAGAAGGAGCUGGAUGCUGUUCUGGGCAGUUCCCAUUUGAUUUGCUACGAGGACAGGAAUUACACGAACGCAGUCGUUCACGAGAUCCAGCGAUACAGCAACAUCGUCCUGGUUGCGCUUCCUCGGCAGAGCGUGAAGGACACCGAGCUGCUGGGGUUUUCUAUUCCAAAGGACACCGUCAUUUUAGCAAAUAUUGACUCUGUUCUGUCUGAUCCUGGAAAAUGGGAGACACCGGAGCAGUUCAACCCAGGCCACUUUUUGGAUAAAGAUGGGAACUUUGUGAGCAGAGAAGCGUUUUUACCGUUUUCGAUAGGGCGUCGUGCGUGUAUGGGGGAGCUGUUGGCGAGGAUGGAGCUCUUCAUCAUCUUUUCCACCCUGCUACAAGCGUUCACCUUCACCUUGCCAGAAGGAGUGACAGAAGUCAGUACAAAGUUUGUUUUUGGGACCACAAUGAAGCCGCAUCCCUACCAGCUCUGCGCUGUUCCUCGGUAG